AUGGUCAAGAAAAUAGAUACCGGAGAUAAGCUAGAUUUCAUAUCGGACAGAAUUAAUCGCAGAGAUUUGCUCGAUAUCAACAAUGAUUAUAAUGCGUCAUCAAGCGAUACAGAUGAAACAGAAGGAUCCGCUUUUGAGAAAGAUCCUACGGAUUUGUCUGACAUAACUCCCCCAAUCUCAGCAAUUUCGGGUACUUCAGGCUCGCUGAAUGAUGGUUAUUUUAACAAAGAAUCAAACGCUGUGAAAUCCACUGGAAGGAAAGCACCCAGCAGUCCACUUGCCAAAUAUGAUAGCUUCAGAUCUCGCAAGGAAAAAUCUUCAAGAUUGCCUCGAAUUGGUAGUACUAGCCUGGAUGUUUCGGAGACAGAUAUCACCUUGGAUGGGUUGGUUAGAUACGUCUCGGAGCAAGACCAUCAGCGAUUAGUGAGACGAAAAUCACGGUCAGGAGAGAGUUCUGAAAAGAAACGCAAGGAAAAGUAUAGAUUAAAGUUUGGGGAUUUGUCGUUCUCAGGUAAAAGUACCAUUUUCGAUUCACAUGAAUUUGUCAAGUCAGAAUUUUAUGGCUUUUACAUUUUAUUUUGGUUAUCCACCGCAUUUAUCAUGUUUAAAGAAUUAGUACAUAUGUACUUUGAAAGUUAUGCCUCAUUUUGGGAGUGGGAAGUUGUCCAAGUUUUGCAGCGUGAUCUAUUUAAAGUUGCUUUAACUGAUUUGGCAAUGUACACAACAUCAUACUUUCCGCUAUUGGUUCAAAUUUUAUGCAAACAAGGUUGGCUCAGCUGGAGACGUUUCGGCUGGAUUUUUCAAGGUAUUUACGAAAUUGAAUUUUUUGCAGUGUACUUUUGGUUUGUGCACUACAUGGCAUACCCAUGGAUUGCCAGAGUGUUUUUAGUGUUGCACAGUCUUGUGUUUGUUAUGAAGAUGCAUUCAUACGGAUAUUACAAUGGAUAUAUGUGGUCUGUUUUCAAUGAGGGUAUGUUUCUGGAACGGUACCUUCAUCAAUUGGAGAACAAUGAAGUUGAACUCCCCGAGGGUCACGAAUUGGAAAAGACAAUCUCCAUUUUAAAAAGCAGUAUUGAGUUCACAACGUAUGAAUUGGAGUAUCAAUCAAGGGCUACGUCAAAUAAACCCGAACUAGAUGAGAGGAAGUGUGAAGAAGCGGUUCUUGGUAUUUCGUUUGCCGAAUUGCAGGAACGAGACUUGAUCAAAUUCCCACAAAAUAUCAACUUUUGGAACUUUUUUGAGUACAGCAUGUUCCCCACAUUGGUCUACACUAUACGGUAUCCAAGAACUGACAAAGUAAGGUGGCUCUAUGUGUUUGAAAAAGUGUGUGGUAUAUUUGGCCUUAUAUUUCUCAUGAUAUUUGUGGCGGAGACCAAUAUGUUACCUAUAGUCAAGAGGGCAGCCAUUAUACGAAAACUCCCCGUGCACGAACGAGCUAGCCAAUACUUUUUCGUAUUAAUCGAUAUGAUCCCACCAUUUUUGUCGGAGUAUUUGUUUACGUUCUUCCUCAUAUGGGAUUCUAUAUUGAAUGCCCUUGCGGAGUUGACUUUGUUUGCUGAUCGUGAUUUUUAUGGUCCUUGGUGGUCAUGUACUGAUUUUUCAGAAUUUGCAAGAUUAUGGAACAAACCAGUUCACAAUUUUCUUCUUCGCCAUGUUUAUCAUUCGAGCAUCAGUGCAUUGAAAGUCAGCAAAGCUAAUGCCGCUGUGAUCACAUUUGUCAUAUCCAGUAUAGUUCAUGAGUUGGUUAUGUAUGUGAUUUUUGGCACCUUCCGUGGAUAUUUAUUUUUGUUUCAAAUGUUGCAGAUUCCACUAGUGAUGAUAAGCAGGACGAAAUUCAUGAGAGAUAAGAAGGUAUUGGGUAAUUGUAUUUGUUGGUUUGGAUUUAUAAGUGGGCCCAGUAUAAUAUGUACGCUAUACUUGGUAUAUUGA